CCCUCAGGAUGGGAUGCGGGAUUCCAGGGCAGGUGCGCGCUGGCAACACCCCUUGCUAUAAAUUUGGAGCUGCCUCUUGGAGGCUGAUCACAGCGCCUGACAGCUGGGAUCCCAGGCAGUAGCGAGCGACGGGACGCCUGUGAGGGUACACAGCUGCCAGCUUUGCCGGACCCUGGCAACGAUCGACGGCCAUCGGCUGUAUCUGACCCAGAGAGUGAGGGCGCACAGCCGGGCACGGAGGCGAGGCACAGCCAGCUCGCUGCGGGACGUGGCGCAGCGCCCCGGACAGGAUUUAAUACAUGAAAGAUUGGUCUAGAACGGAUGGGGUUUCAUCUGAAUAAUCACUGAAGACAUCCAAGAAAGUGGCCACCAGGAGCGUUUGGUAUAGCAUCUGACACUAUUGCAACCCAGGAAAAUCAAAAUGACCCUCAACUCUUCCAUUGACGAUGGUAUUAAAAGAAUCCAAGAUGACUGCCCCAAAGCCGGCAGGCACAAUUACAUAUUUAUCAUGAUUCCUACGCUGUACAGCAUCAUCUUCGUGGUGGGAAUAUUUGGAAACAGUUUGGUGGUGAUCGUCAUUUACUUUUACAUUAAACUGAAGACUGUGGCCAGUGUUUUCCUUCUGAAUUUAGCACUGGCUGAUUUGUGCUUCUUGCUGACUUUGCCGCUGUGGGCCGUCUACACUGCCAUGGAAUACCGCUGGCCCUUUGGCAAUUACCUGUGUAAGAUCGCUUCGGCCAGCGUCAGCUUCAACCUCUACGCCAGUGUGUUUCUGCUCACGUGUCUCAGCAUUGAUCGCUACCUGGCCAUCGUGCACCCAAUGAAAUCUCGCCUCCGACGCACGAUGCUUGUGGCCAAAGUCACCUGCAUCAUUAUUUGGCUGCUGGCCGGCUUGGCCAGUUUGCCAUCUGUCAUCCACCGAAAUGUCUUUUUCAUCGAGAACACCAAUGUCACGGUUUGUGCUUUCCAUUAUGACUCCAACAACCCCACCCUCCCCAUAGGGAUGGGCCUGACCAAAAACAUCCUGGGGUUCAUCUUCCCUUUCCUGAUCAUUCUGACGAGCUAUACUCUUAUUUGGAAGGCCCUGAAGAAGGCUUAUAAAAUCCAGAAGAACACGCCAAGAAAUGAUGAUAUUUUUAAGAUAAUCAUGGCGAUUGUGCUUUUCUUUUUCUUUUCCUGGGUUCCCCACCAAAUAUUCACCUUCCUGGACGUGUUGAUUCAGCUGGGCGUCAUCCGCAACUGUAAAAUCGCAGACAUCGUGGACACGGCCAUGCCCAUCACCAUUUGCAUCGCUUAUUUUAAUAACUGCCUGAAUCCUCUUUUCUAUGGCUUUCUGGGGAAAAAAUUCAAAAAGUAUUUUCUCCAACUGCUGAAAUACAUUCCUCCCAAGCCCAAGACCCACUCGAGUCUGUCAACAAAAAUGAGCACGCUCUCCUACCGCCACUCCGAUCAUUUAAGCUCCUCCGCCAAGAAGGCGGCGCCCUGUUUUGAGGUCCAGUGACCUGUCUGGGACUCAGUCCUGGGAAAGGAAGAGCCGGGAAACAUUCCUCUCGAGCCCUUCGCUACAAGUGAGCACCAGCUACUUGUCAGAACGCAAGCAGAUCGCAAGUGAAGAGGACCCACGCUACUUUUCUAAAGCUCUGAACAAAAGCUUUUCUUCCCCUGCGCCGCAAAAUAAAGCAAAGCCACGCUUUUCCACGCUCUGCAUUAAAUAGAUGACGGCUGCUCAAAGAACGACCUCAGAAACUGGAUGAAUGUGUCCAUGUGGAAAAUUCUGCUGCCAGCCAUGCAAUCUCCCCGUCUCCUCUUUUCUGUCCUUUUUUUUUACUUCCACAUAAAGGUAUUUAGGGUAUGUUAAACCUCCAGAAGAGCAACGGUAGAUCUGAGUUCAAGCGUGCUCCGCCCAGUUUCCGCAGGGCUGUUUAGCUAGGAGCAAGGGUGGCCCACUCCUUCCUGCUAGGUCGCAUUUUGUUCAAGGAUGAGCUGAGCAGUAGUCAUCAAGUUGCCGAACCUUUCCUGAGAUUCAGUCCCUGCCUUAGAGAUUCACACUUCCAAAACCAUGCCAGCGAGAUUGCUUAGAUGUACGAGCCCGAAUAAAAGUCAAACCACUUACAAAGCUGUUAUCCUGCUCCCUGGUGGCUGUGUCUUCCUAGUCCUGUCUAUUUCGUAUCUGAGAAAUGUAUAUAGUUUGUGGUUAAAAAGAUUACAUAUCAUAAUGCCUUACUGUUUUUUAAAAAGCCUAUAUUCCACACAUAUAUGUAUAUCGCUAAGUGGCUGUUAUUUGAUUAAAACCUGGAAAAGUUAUAUUUACUUUGAAAUAAAAUAAUUUUAUUGU